GCCCCACUUGGCGGGCCGGCGGAGUUGCGGCCAGUCUUACUGUGAUCUGUGUUCUGUGUGCCUGCCAUGACGAUCUCCUACUCCGCCGAAGUCGCCAACAGUUCCAAAUUCGGCUGCUUCUGGAGGAUACUUUGCAAAUGGAGAGGAAGCGUGUACAAAUUAAUAUGGCGGGAUUUAGCUGUGUACCUGUUACUUUACUACGCUUUAAACGUCGUUUACCGAUUCGCGUUAAAUGACCAACAGAAAACGACGUUCGAGAAGGUGCGGAACUACUUCGCGCAGCAAAGCGAGAGCAUUCCGAUGUCGUUCGUGCUCGGCUUCUACGUGAGCAUGAUCGUGAAGCGCUGGUGGGAGCAGUACCGCCUCCUGCCAUGGCCAGACUCCCUGGCGCUCUUCGUCAGCGCCGCCAUCCCCGGCGUCGACGAGCGAGGCCGGCUGAUGCGCAGGAAUAUCGUGCGGUACGCCGUGCUGUCGUACGUCAUCACUCUACAGAGGGUCAGCUUCCGCGUCAAGAAGCGAUUCCCCACCUGGCAGCACAUGGUCGACGCUGGCCUGAUGAUGGACAGCGAGAAGAAGAUCUUCGAGAUGAUGGACGAGAAGUCGGACAUGUCCAAGUACUGGAUGCCGCUCAUCUGGGCGACCAAUAUCAUCAACCGGGCGCGGCGCGAGGCGCUCGUCACCAGCGACCACGUCGUCCAGUCCAUGCUGGUCGAGCUCUCCGACAUCCGGCGCCGGCUCGGCUCGCUAAUCGGAUACGACACCGUCUGCGUGCCGCUCGUCUACACGCAGGUGGUGACAUUGUCGGUGUACACGUACUUCAUGUCAGCGCUGAUGGGGCGGCAGUUCGUGGGCACUGAGGAAUCGGCGAGCGGGCUCGACAUGUACGUCCCUUUCUUCACUGUGCUCCAGUUCUGCUUCUACAUCGGAUGGCUGAAGGUCGCGGAGGUGCUCAUCAAUCCGUUCGGUGAGGACGAUGACGACAUCGAGCUUAAUUGGCUCAUCGACAGGCACAUCAAGGCGGCCUACAUGAUCGUCGACGAGAUGCACGAGGAGCACCCCGAGCUGCUCAAGGACCAGUACUGGGAGGAGGUGGUGCCCACGGAGCUGCCCUACACGCUCGCCUCGGGACACUUCCGCCGCUCGGAGCCCAAGGGCUCGGCCGAGACGUUCGUCGUCAAGGAAGCCGACUCCAUGUACGCCAACGUGCCGCGCUCCAAAGUGCCCGUCGAAGACUACGCGGAUUACGAGAGCGUGGACACGCCGCUGGUGGAGCGGCGUGGCAACUGGUUCCGGCGGCAGCUGCAGCGCAUGGGCUCGGGCCGGUCGUCGGGCACGACGUACGCGACGGCGCCGUUCGGGCGCACGCGCCACAACUCCGUCUACUCCAGCCCCGAGUGCGGCGGCAUCGGCGUCGGCGUGGUCAACGGCGGGGGCGGCCAGCCGGCCAACGGCGCGCACCACCCGCACAAGAUGUCGCUCUACGACCGCCUCGUCGGCCGAAAGUCGGGCCGCCGCGUCAGCAGGUCAGGCACCGGUAAGAUGAAUGGAGCAGCCGUGCCAGUGACACUGAAGAACCGGCCACGCAUUCCGACGCCAGAUGUGACAAAGGAGGUGGUGGACCGCGAGCACCGGCUGGCCAGCCUCGGAGGCGGUGGCGCUGGAGGCAGCGGGGGUGGCGGGGGCCCGGGUCAGGCACUGCAGUCUGGCUACCAGUCAGAGCUGCCCGUGCUCCAGGUGGUACUGUCACCUAUCAAGGAGCUGGGUGGAGAGGGUGGGGUGGUGGGCACACCUAGUUCAGUGCCACCAUCAGCACUGCCCUCAUCUGUAACAGCGAGCGGAGCUGGGGGUUCAUCUACAUCCACAGCAGCGCUGGCGCAGGCUGUGCUCUCCCCUGCACUCACAUCGGCUGGACUCAGCCCUGUGCCUGUCCCGGUAUCUGUACCAGUUGCUGCUGCUGCGGCUGCUGCUGUCAACGGGCGCAAGGUGUUGACUACAAUGACAAUAACACCAGUGACGAUGAGUGGAGCACCACCUUCACCAGCACUGGCAUUACAACCCAUUACACUGACGGAUGUAACAUCAGGGUCAGAGGAUGACAGUGGGGUUGCUAGUGAUCGCAGCAGGAAAACAAGUGUUGCUUCUCAAUCACAGACUAAGCGUGGUGAAGUGUAUGUUUAGCAGCUGAUGUCGCCACCUAUCCAUCACUCGGCUUCCUCCACACUCGAGCAGAGGAAGACACGAUUUGUGACAAAGCAGUAACACUGCUAAGUGAUGCAUGUGCUUCCAUUUUAUUUUUUCAAAGACUGAAGUUAUGUGGUUGCACAAGAUUAAUUACAUAUAAUAUUGACAGUCAGGAGAAACCAAUAAAUGUGUUUGUGAGUGAGUUGUCAAUUUUGUUCAGCUUCUAUGAAAUGGACUAAAAUAUAUUGGGAGUAGUAUCUCCUGAGGACACAAUGAACAUUAGUAUUUUUGACACUGUGCCUUUUGUAGUUUUAUGUAUAUUUACAGUUGUUUUAUGGCAAAGAUACGAAUUGUACUUAGAGGUUUAGACUGGGAAAAUCUGCAGGUGAACAUAUCAUAAAGUCUAGCAUUGAUUACACAUACUUGUUGAUAUCCAAAGUUAGAAUAAAGCUAGUAUUGUUUUGUUUUUGGAUACAAACACAAUGGUACACAUACAUUGUGGAAGAUCUGUGAUAAUGCAGUAACAAAUAGUCUUCAGUAAGUGCCUGUAAGUGUAAAAAGAGUGUUUGUAGUAAUUGUUUGAAUUUGUGAAAAUAUUGUAUAUUUAUCUGAUUUUUUUUGUUUCCAGAGCAGGUACAUUCAGUGUUGCCAAGUGUUAAAAUAAAACUACAUAAUGUAUAGACCUAUUUAUCAGCUAAAUGCAGUACAAUGGUUAAAAGAUUGCAGACACAUAGGACACAGAUCUAACAUCAUGCAGUCAUUCACAGGACUAAAGUGCUAUCUGUCAUGCAGCCACUGACAUUUGGAACAGUAUAAUUCCAGCUUGUGUUACUGUAAUUGGAGGUGAGACUCAAAAGAAGCUGCAACAGCACAAAAUAGGACAUGGCUUUGAAUGGCAAGAAACAUUAUGUGAUGAUAUGCUGGUUUCAGCUUAUUGCUAACCUUCUAUUUCCUCACAUAAGUGCAGAACAAGACUUUCCUAUUCAUGCCUAUAAAACUACAGCCACUAAAAAUAUCAGUAUGGCAACAAAACCUAAUGAAGCAGCAAAUGUAAUGGAAUUUUGUGAAGGAGUGUUACAUUAUUUUGUGAUGAGUAUUACUGAGAGGUAAUGUGAUAAUGGUUGUCUGUGGCAAGCAAUGUUCUUGUUUGAUUUUAUCUGGAUGCACAGAAACCCAAAAAAACAGUACAAUACAGUAAAAUUUUUAUGGUGAUUUUCAAAUGUUUUCUAAUGAAGCUGUAUUGUCCAGCAGAAAUGGGGAAAAUACUGUAAUGUCUUGAUGUUUUUCAUAUCCCUUGGGUCCAGUUCUUGCUCAAAUGGAAAAUGUUAAUGACAAAAUAUGUGAGUAAUUGGCUUUAUUGAAAGGAUGCUCUGCAUGCAUGACCAUGCAAAGCAUUUACAACAGAUGCUAUAAUCCCAUCAGGACCAGAAAUAAAAUUUUUAUAAAUUGUAUUUUUCUCUAAAAUAUGUAAUUUGAAAUAAAAGUGAAUUUGGGAAAGUA